GGUUUUCAUGCGAAUGUAGAGUGAAUUGUAAAGAAGAAAGUUAGAUAGGAGGCAUCAUUGGCCAUGGAUAAGUCAUUAGUAAUUUUGAAGGUAUCAUCACUUUGCUGCUUGCUUCUGGGUUUUGGGAUUAUCAUUGAAGCAGCACCAGAGGUUUCUCUGAUUACAAGCCUUCCCGGGUUCAAUGGUACCUUCCCUUCAAAACACUAUUCUGGGUAUGUGACCAUAAAUGGCAAUCCUGAUCCUCCAAAGAACCUUUUCUACUACUUUGUUGUCUCCGAAAGAAAUCCAUCAAACGAUCCGAUAGUUCUAUGGCUCAAUGGGGGACCUGGUUGCUCUAGCUUUGAUGGCUUCAUCUACGAACAUGGACCAUUUAAUUUCGAAGCUGGAAACCCGAAGGGAAGCCUACCUAAAUUGCAUCUUAAUCCAUACAGCUGGUCUAAGGUUUCGAACAUCAUAUAUUUGGAUUCUCCUGCUGGUGUUGGAUUCUCUUACUCUAAAAACACGACGGUUUACAUAACAGGAGACUUACAAACAGCCUCUGAUACUCAUAAUUUUCUACUCAAGUGGUUUAAUCUAUACCCGGAAUUUGUUUCAAAUCCAUUUUAUAUUUCGGGAGAGUCCUAUGCCGGCGUGUACGUGCCAACUCUUGCUUCUCAAGUAGUGAAAGGAAUCAAAGCUGGUGAGAAGCCCAUCAUCAACUUCAAGGGGUACAUGAUUGGCAACGGGGUCACAGAUGAAAUAUUUGAUGGCAAUGCUCUUGUCCCAUUUGCACAUGGAAUGGCUCUUAUUUCUGAUGGUAUCUUUGAGGAAGUUGUAAUUGCCUGCAAAGGAAACUACUCUGACCCCCCAAACAACAACUGUCAAACUGCGCUUGAUAAAGUUUACGGGGCUAUCGAUGGUUUAAACAUAUAUGACAUCCUGGAGCCUUGCUACCAUGGGCCGACAACAAAAGAAGACACAAAUGUAGUAAACAAAAGUAGCAUACCAUCAAGCUUCAAACAACUAGGGAUGACAGAGAAGCCUCAUGCUGUUAGGAAACGGAUAUACGGUCGCGCAUGGCCUUUUCAAGCACCAGUAAAAGCUGGAAUUGUUCCAAUGUGGCCCGAGUUAAUGAAACAGACUAGCUUCAGUGUUCCCUGCGUGGAUGAUACAGUAGCCACAAUAUGGAUGAACAACGAUGCAGUUAGAGAAGCAAUGCACGUGAGCCAGGAAAUUGGAACUUGGAGCUUAUGUGCGAGUGACAUAUCAUACUACCAUGAUGCUGGAAGCAUGAUUCCCUACCACAAAAACCUCACUGCUCAAGGAUAUCGAGCACUUAUAUUCAGUGGAGAUCAUGAUAUGUGUGUUCCAUACACCGGAAGCGAAGCAUGGACUAGGUCACUUGGGCAUAAGAUUGUGGAUGAAUGGAGAGCUUGGAUGUCUAAUCAACAAGUUGCUGGGUACACUCAAGGAUAUGAUAUCGGUCUCACCUUUCUCACCAUCAAGGGCGCUGGACACACCGUACCUGAAUAUAAACCAAGAGAGUCAUUGGACUUCUACAGUCGUUGGUUAGAUGGAAAACAGAUAUAAUUGUGAUAGAGAAUUCAAAGUUGAUGGAAAAAUAUAGCAAGAAUAAUCUUUAUACUCUAAAGAACUUUUUCAGCGAAUUUUCAUUUGAGUUGAUGGGGGCUGAAUAGUGUGUGUUGUUGUUGGUUCGCGAACUGUGAUGGCAUGGUCUCUAGGAUGGUGGGUUUCAGUGACUGCUCUUUGAAGGUUUUGGUUUUUGUAUUUUUAUUUAGCUGUGGUUUCAAAGGUGCUUGUGAUGAUUGUGUUUCCUCUUGUACCAAUUUAGUUGGGAUGAGUUCUUAAGUAGGCAAGGAUGCAUUUUUGUACACCUUGUCUUGUUAUGUAUUACUUUUGUUGUUAAUGUA